AUGCCUAAUUCUGUAGCUAAGACACAAGUAGUACGCACGGCAAUUUACGACAUGCUGGGAGCAUGCUCAAGUAACAGACCGGCAGAUAGUGCAGAAGAAAGAGCCAAAAAUAUAUUUGCAAAAAUGGAUGAAAACAACGACGGUCAAUUGACACAAGAUGAGUUCUUGAAAGGGUGCCUGCAAGACGAAGAGCUGUCGAAGAUGUUGGCUCCAUAA